UACCUUCAGAAAUUAAUGGCCAUGAGUUCGUAUAUGGUGAACUCUAAGUAUGUGGAUCCCAAAUUUCCUCCUUGUGAGGAAUAUUUGCAGAAUAGCUACUUAGGCGAGCAGGAGGCCGAGUACUACAGUGCCUCGCAGGGCUCUGAUUUCCAGCACCAGGGACUCUACCCACGGUCAAACUACAGCGAGCAGCCCUUUAGCUGUAGCAAUGCCCAGGGCUCUGCCGGGCAGCCGCGGGGUCACGGACAGGAGCAAUCCGGCCCGGCGAGCCACUUCCCCGGCCCAGCAGAGCAUUGUCCACCGCCUCCAAUGUCCAACUCGCGAGCCUGCAGCCAGCAGCCGGCCCUCAAACCCCCAAACGGCUCCGCACUUAAGCAGCCAGCAGUAGUUUAUCCCUGGAUGAAGAAAGUCCAUGUUAACUCGGUGAAUCCCAAUUACAACGGAGGGGAACCUAAACGCUCCCGCACAGCUUACACCAGACAGCAAGUCCUAGAACUGGAAAAAGAAUUUCAUUUUAACAGGUACCUGACCAGGCGCCGCCGUAUCGAGAUAGCCCACACUUUGUGUCUCUCUGAGCGCCAGAUCAAGAUCUGGUUUCAGAACAGAAGAAUGAAGUGGAAAAAAGAUCACAAACUGCCCAACACGAAGGGCAGAUCUUCUUCCUCUGGUUCAAACCCCCAUUUACAAACUGGUUCCAAGGACCACCAGACUGACUUGACAACUUUGUAGAAGAGGUUAAAUUUUCCAUUUCAUCCUUCGCUUCUGACCAGUACUGUACAUAACUGACACUGCCCAAGCAGAACCUGCAUGUAGCAGCUAAGGACACGAGAAACUGUCAUCUUUCUUUAAGGUACUGUUGUACAAAGGAGACAAAAUGACGCUACUGUGGACUUUAUUUUAUUUGCCUCUGCUAGCACA